UACACAUUUCAAUUCAUCGCUGCCAUUUUCGUUUUGUGGCACGGUUAUCCGGUGGUCUGUGUAUCAUUUUACCUCAAUAACUAACAGUUCUUUGCCUCAUACAUGUUGAGAGAGUUUUCUAUCGUGUUAUAUUGUUUGUGAAAUUCACAAGUGGCUUCUCAAAGUGUGUUUAUUUGCGACCGAAAACGUCAAUUUAUCAGGGUGGAGAAGUAAUGUUUACGAGGUAGCUGCCGUAGUGAGUGGCGAUGCCGCUGCCGAAGCGCCAAGUGGAGCCGGUGCACGUGUCUCGCGGCACCGUGCCGGAGCGCCUCGCCGUGCCGUCGGAACUCGAGGCGGUCACCAAUGGGACGCUUGCUAACACUGUCAGACAGUUGUCAUCGCUAUCGAAACAUGCGGAGGAUAUGUUCGGCGAGUUGACCCGGGAGGCGACGGGGCUGGCCGAGCGGACUAACGUGCUGCAAGCGAGGAUCGACCGGCUGGCGAUCAAGGUUACACAGUUGGACUCCGGGGUCGAAGAAGUAUCACUUCAAGACAUCCAAAUGCGGAAAGCGUUCCGCUCCUCGCGGACCUUCCAACAGCAGUUGUUCUCCCGCAAUACGAUGCCCUCCGCCAUGCAAGCGACAUACGCCAAAUGCGACCGCCCUCCGCCUUUGGAGAGGCUCAACGAAUUUAGAGAUGACGGAAGGGAUGCGAGGAAGUUCUAUACUGAUCCAGAUUACUUCUUCGAGCUCUGGCGUAGAGAGAUGCUACAGGAUACUGAGCGGAUUCAGCAUGAUCGAGGGAAGAAGGUACGCCCGGCCCGUAGCGGCGGCGGCGCAGACGGUCGGGGCACGCGUAGAGUUCGCGCGUUACAUUCUACGAGAGAGAAGCAGAAGGCGGCCGCCGUCACUAGAGGGGAACAUAUAAUGGCGCCGGCGCAGCUGAGGCAUUACAACAUCGACCAGUACCGCCCCGACCCGCUCUACCAGGCGACGACGGUACCAGACGGCGGGUACAGAGCCUCUCAACCUCGGCCGGCGUCGCAGCAGGCGCGACCUAACUCCAUAGAGAUUGAUACGCAGCCCCAUAGACAACAGAGGAUCGCCGGCAAUGGACAUGUGGUGCAAGAGGAGAGUCCGUACGGCGGUGUGGCGGAGCCGAUAUACGGCGGCAGCGGCGCCGGCACGCCGCGCCGGCCGCGCCCCUCCGUGCCGCCGCCCGCGCCGCCGCCGCAGCCCGCGCAGCCCACGCCGCACCACACGCCCGACAGGUCGGCGUUGCCCCCCCCUCCGCCGCCGCCGGGCGCGUCCCCCCCGCCGCUGGUGAACGGCGCGUCCCCGCCGCAUCGCACCGCGCUCGACGCGCAUCUCGACCACAUGCACGCUGUCAUUGGCAUGAUGUCGUCGGAGGAGAGCGGCGCGGGCUCGCCGCCCCCCCCGCCCCCCGCGGCGGCCCCCCCGGCGCCCGCGCCGCCCGCGCCGCCCGCGCCGCCGCCCGCGCCGCAGCAGGAGCGGCCGCGGCCGCCGUCGCCCGGCGCGCUGCUGCGGGGCGCCUCCAACCUCAAGCCGCCGCGCCCCGCCGCCGACCCGCAGCCCGACCCGCGCUCCGACCUCUUGAAGGCUAUCAGAGAUGGCAUAAAACUGCGCAAAGUGGAGAAGCGCGGCGACGACCCGAGCGGGCGCUACGACACGCUGCGCGCCGCGCCGGCGCUGCACGACGUGGCGUCCAUCCUGGCGCGGCGCGUGGCCGUGGAGCUCAGCGACUCCAGCUCGGCGCCCGACUCCGACUCCGACGACUCCGACCAGUGGACCGAGAGCCGCGCGUGACGCCGGCCCGACCUCGCCGCGCUGACCAGCGCCGAGCCGCCCCCGGCGCCCCCCGCCCCGGCGUCGGAGCGGGUCACCAUCAACCUCCAGCUCGCCCGGGGCGCCUCCGACGACGACCGCGAUCAGUGCUACGUGAGAAACUCCUCCUUCUUGAGCCGCGACACCAGCAACAAGA